UUGUCGGCCAUGAUUAGAUUGAUAUUAUUUUCAACAUGGCGCCCAGCCUAGUUCAGAGUGUGUGUGUGUGAAAGUGCAGUGAAAUUAUGUUAAUAUCAAUUGUUUAUUGUGAUAAAUUUAGUGUAUAAGUGAAAAGAGUGUGCAUUAAUGCAGCGGUUAUCUUAUCAUGGCAUUGGAUUUACGCUUGCACUCUCCUGCAGGCGCGGAACCUGUUGUUUAUACAUGGCCCCUUACAUCGGGUCAUGGCUCGGACAAACACGAUGGAGCCUUAGAAAUAGUAGAAACAAUAAGGUCGGAAAUAAAAGAACUAGUUUGGCAAGUUGACCCGUUCGGUCCGAGCGUCGGGGUGGUAAGGGCGACCGCGACCUCCUCUCGACCGGACGCGUUCACUCUUCCUUUGUGGGUCUGCGACGACUUACCCGAGAUGAAAGGUGCCCUGGAAAAGAAUAUCCUAAGCGAUUACGACACCCACUCCUACGAAAGUAUGAGAGCACUCUGCGACCGCUUCAACCGCGCCAUAGACUCUGUUGUUGCUUUGGAAAAGGGCACUUCACUUCCCGCUCAGCGCUUAAACAAGUACCCGUCGAGAGGCUUGCUGAAACACAUCCUUCAACAAACAUACAAUCAAGCGGUGCAGGAUCCUGACAAAUUAAACCAAUAUGAACCUUUUUCACCAGAGGUUUACGGUGAGACAUCGUACGAGCUCGUGUGCCAGAUGAUAGACCAGAUAGACAUAACCGCGGAGGAUGUGUUCGUAGACCUCGGCUCGGGGGUGGGCCAGGUGGUGCUUCAGAUGGCGGCCGCGACGCCUUGCCGUGUGUGUUUUGGUGUUGAGAAGGCGGAAGUGCCCAGCAAGUAUGCUGAGAGUAUGGACCUCCACUUUAGAAUGUGGAUGAGAUGGUAUGGCAAAAAGUAUGGAGAUUAUAAAUUAAUUAAAGGCGACUUCUUAAUGGAUGAGCAUAGAGAGAAAAUUAAUUCAGCCACCAUCGUGUUCGUAAACAAUUUUGCUUUCGGUCCGCACGUUGACCACCAGUUAAAAGAAAGAUUCGCAGACUUAAAGGACGGAGCUAAAAUAGUGUCAUCGAAGAGUUUCUGCCCUUUGAACUUUAGGAUAACGGACAGAAACCUGAGCGAUAUAGGGACCAUCAUGCACGUGAGCGAAAUGUCGCCGCUCAAAGGCUCUGUCUCGUGGACGGGGAAACCAGUCUCAUACUAUUUACACAUAAUCGAUAGGACCAAAUUGGAGAGAUACUUUCAAAGACUGAAAAAUCCGAAACUCAAGGUCAGCAAAAGGGGCUGCCCGGCGGCGGACGAGGGCGACAAGCGCAACGCGAGCGCGCCGCCCACGCGCCAGCCCACGCCCGACCUGCUCAACGGGAACAGCAACCACAGCACCGGCUCACUGCCCGAGCGGCGCCGCAAGCUGGCGCGCCCGCGCCCCAUCAGGGGCGAGGGCGGGCGCACGCGCGCGCGCGCCCCCGUGGCCAAGCGGCGUGUGGUGCGGCGCUCAAGCGACGACAGCGAGGAGGAGUCCAGCGAGGACGAGCCGCCCGGGCCCGAGCCGGCGCCGCGCGAGUGGGGCGCGCCCUGGGCCUCUUCGCCGCACUCCAACCGCAGCCGGCGCGCGAGCAGCAAGCGCAGCGCCAGCGCGGGCGGCGCGCGGCGGCGCGUGGCGCGCUCCAAGCGACGCCGCGCCGCGCCCGCCGCCAUCGCCGGCCUCGACCUGCUGCACUCCACCACGCUGGCCUCCACGCUACGCAACGGCGCCGUGACGGCGCCGCCGCCGGGCUGCGUGGAGCAGCGGCUGUCGGCGCUGGGCGUGCAGCUGCAGCCGGCCGAGCGCCUGCACUCGGAGCUGGACAUCCCGCGCGCGCCGCACGCGCCCUACUCGCUGCAGCUGCUGCUCGACACGUUCCGCGACCAGUACCUGGCGCUCGUGCGCCGCAUGGCCGCGCCCGAGUACGCGCACGACGUGCGCCUGCUCAUCGACAGGGAGAAGGAACGAAAUCAAAAAUUGAAGUCACGAGCCUCUCAAUUGGACAAACAGAUAAACGUACUGAUCAGCGACAGCGUAGCACUAUUGAAGGCGCGUAUGAGCGAACUCGGCAUUCACGCGAACAAUACCGUGGAUCUUCUGGCAAAGGCCAAGGAAAUCGUCGGUCGCCAUAAGGAGUUGCAGAGUAAAGCUAGUAAAUUGCAGGCUCAGGUAAACAGUAUAGAGGCUGAACAGGCUAUGUUAGUGAAACAACGAACUUAUGAAAUAACGGAAAAAUAUAGACAACUGGGACAGAUACCUCCAGAUGUAGAGAUCACGCAAAACAUAGCGCACGACUGUAUUUUAAAAGAGAUAUCGGCCACGUUAGCACAUAGAAAACGACUUCACGCACAAGUAGGACAUUUGCAGAGUGAGAUAAUUCAGAUGGAAAGAGCUAGCGAACAGCAAAAAGUGACGACACCGACGGUGCCAGUUGCUACUGUUAAACCACAUACGGUUAAUUCAAAACCGAGGAAAUCCAGGGAACAUAGAUCCCGUUCUCAAGAAUGGCCGGACGUGCCGGAUGUUGGAAAAAUAGAAGAACAGAAUCCUGAAAUUUUAGCACAGAAAAUUUUAGAAACUGGUCGACAAAUAGAGGCUGCAAAGAUAUCCAAACCAAAUGUGAUCGUCAAUGGGUAUGCGAGGGAUCCAGAUAGACAUACAGAUCAUAGGCAGUCGAAAGGGCCGCCGCUGCACGUGCACCGCGCGCCGCUGCAGGCGCCUCGCAGACACUCGCCCGGCAAGUCGCAGAAACCGCUCAACGUCGUGGCCAAAGUGCAGGAGUCGCCGAAAGUUAUCAACUUUGAGGACAGGCUUAAGAGUAUCAUCACUUCGGUGCUAAACGAGGACCAGGAACAACGGAAAGCGUCACGGCUCGAGCCGCGACAGGCUGUAUCCAAUCACGCGUACGCGAACGGGUACGUGCGGCCGGCGUCGGCGAGCGCCGUUCCUUUUGCUGCACGUCCGGCGCCGGUUUCCGCGCCCGCCGCGGCGCCCUUCCGCAGCGUGCGGGACGCACGCGACUCGCGCGGCCUGCGCGACGUCAGAGACGUACGGGACGUCAGGGACGUGCGGGACGUCAGAGAUGUGCGUGACGUCAGAGACGCGCGAGACGUCCGUCGCGAUCGCUUCGCCUACGAGCGGCGGGAGGCGCGGCCGCACGUGCUGCCCGAGCCGCGCACUGCAGACCUGCGACAUCAGCAUGCCGCGCAACCUGACUACACUCAGGUCUCCCCGGCAAAACUUGCACUGCGUCGUCAUUUAUCACAGGAGAGGCUCGCUGCGCCCGGUGCUCGCACUAUCGGCGACCUUGUUAACGGAGAAAUCGAACGCACGUUGGAAAUAUCAAAUCAGAGUAUUAUUAAUGCUACCGUUAACAUGAGUGCACGUUACCACGAACCGGUCGCAUCGAAUCAACCGCUAGAGGGUCUCGCCGCUUGUCUCCAAGCUCGCGUCUUAGCGUCAGAAUAUUGGAGCGGACGUGGCGGCGGCGCUACGGCGAGCGGCGCGCCCGACGACGAGCGCCCGCGCCGCACGCCUCCGCCCGACCCUCACUCCAACACCUCCACGCCGCUCGCCGACGAGCCGUCCGACACGCGCCCAGGUGACGCCCAAGGCGAGGGUGGCGAGGAGGUCGAGGAGAGCAAGUGGCAGGACCGGAUAGCGUUUCGGUUCGAUCAGAUAAUAUCCUUCGCGUCCACGGCGAUGGAGGACAAGCGGAGGCGCUCGGACGAGGCGUGCAACACGUCGCCGGACUCGGGCAUCGGGCACGGUGAGGCGGCGCGGGGGCCCGUGGAGGGCGGCGCGGGGGCGGGGGCCGGCGCGGCGGGGGAGGCGCGCGCCGGGGGCGUGGCGGCGGGCUCGGCCACGUCGCCGCAGCCGCCGCACCACUUCAAGAAGCGCUUCUUCCGGCGCGAGCGCUGGGGCGCGUGGAGCGGCGCGCCGCCGCCGGCCCCCGUGGACUGGGAGCGGCCGCCGAUGUGACGGCCGCGCAUCUAGCGCUGCCGCGUGUGUCACUUCUCGCACCGGCGCUGUCGCUAGCGUAAUCGAACACUGCCGCUCGGGAGGCGCGUCGAUCGCAGCUCCUCUCGCAUGUUGACUGUCAUUGACAUUGUUAUUUUUUAUUUUUUUUCGAAUAUAUAAUGUAAUUAUGUA